CUUGGUGGGGUAGGCAGCGAGCAGGGGCAAGUCAGGGCACGAUGAUUGGCGGUCCAGCUUUUGAUCUCCAUGCAAACCCAAUGUCAUCAUCUGCAGGGGGCCCGCAAUCUCGUCUAGAUAAUCGGUGUUAAUUUGGAGGCAAUCACGGCCGUCAUAUUGCUAACAGCCUCAAUCAACACCAUCGCAUGUUUGCCAACUACCUCUUCAAGGUUGCACAAGGCUGAUGGUGUCGCUAGUGCAUGCGAUGCAAGGCUGAAAGGGCUCGUCAACGGCGAAACUUCCUCCAUCUGGAAGCUGUGGUCGGAUCAUCCGCCAGUUGAAGAAUUUGAAUCCAUCGAGUCGGAACCACACUACUCAGCAGCUCACUCGCCCAAACCACCCGAAUGCCAGCUGUCCACUCCGGCCGCUUCCCAAACAGCCUCGCGGCAUGUCCGUGAGCCAAGAUGAUUCUCUUUCUCAUAUAUGCUCUACUCCUCUGUCUCUUCGGCCUGGUAGCGCUCGCUGCGUACGCCAUUCUCGGUCUAACUGAGUAUGAUGGGCCGCCCGCAGGCUCGUCAGAGGGUCGUGUCUCCGUCCACGUCCUCGUCCUCGGUGACAUCGGCCGCAGCCCGCGCAUGACCUACCAUGCCCUGAGCAUAGCGAAGCAUGGAGGCAGGGUGAACCUGAUCGGAUACCUUGAGAGUCCCCCUCAUCCUGAUGCGGUGAAUAACCCAAACAUUACAAUCAAUUCUCUACCUUCGCCUCCCUCCAAGCCCCAAUCCAUACCAUUCAUCCUGUUUGCCCCUUGGAAAGUCAUCUACCAGAUCUACCACCUCACCCACCUGCUCGCUCACCAGUUGCCGCCCGCCCAAUGGAUACUCGUCCAAAACCCCCCUUCCAUCCCCACUCUCGCCGUCGCCGGCCUGAUCUGCUACCUGCGCAAGAGCAAGCUCAUAAUCGACUGGCACAACUACGGCUGGAGCAUCCUCGCCGGGACGCGCGGCGCCCAACACCCGCUCGUAUCCCUCUCCAAACUCUACGAAUGCUUCUUCGGCCGGCUAGGGUAUCUGCACUUAACCGUGACGCACGCCAUGGCGCGACAGCUGCGCCGCCCACCGUACUCGAUCGCCCAGCCCAUGAUGGCCGUGCACGACCGGCCCGCGGCCAUCUUCCAGCCGAUCUGGUCGGCAUCAGCCAGGGCAGAAGCCCUAGCGCGUGCGCUCCCUGACGAGGAGAAGGAACUCCUCCCUCGCCUGCUGGACGGCACCAUGCGGCUGGUGGUAAGCAGCACCAGCUGGACGCCCGACGAGGACUUCUCGCUCCUGCUGGACGCGCUGGUGCGGUAUGCUUCCACCACCACCACCACCGAGCCGGUGCCUCCAGUGCUGGCUGUCAUCACGGGCAAGGGCCCUCAGAAGGACCUGUACCUUGACCGGAUCGCCCAGCUCACCAAGGCGGGCCGCCUGCCCAAUGUCAGGAUAGUCACGGCUUUCUUGCCGCUUGCCGACUACGCGGGUCUGCUGGCCUGCGCAGACCUGGGCGUCUGUCUGCACAUGAGCAGUUCUGGCGUGGACUUGCCCAUGAAGGUGGUUGACAUGUUUGGAGCGGGCCUGCCUGUUGUGGCGUAUUCCGGUUAUGAGAGCUUCGGGGAACUGGUGAGAGAAGGGGAGAAUGGGCGAGGGUUUGAGACGGCCGAGGAGCUGGCGGAAAUUUUAGCUCGUUUGUUAAGUGACGGGGGGCGGGCCGAGGUGGAGACCUUGCGAAGGGGAGCUACCAGGGAGGGAAGUCGCCGGUGGGAUGAGGAGUGGGAUUCUAAGGUGGGGAUGGUCAUGGGUUUGGUAUCUUGA